GUUAAAACAAAAACGUCGAGUCACGUUUGCAAAACCCGACGCGUCAACUAAACUUCAACCGUAGGAUUUCUUUACUUAAAAAUCCAACGGUUUCAACGCGUUUCUAAAAUCUGAAACGCUGAAACGGAAAGUUUCUUCGUAAAGUCCCGAUUCUAUUUUUUUUCCUGUGGAGAACAUUAAAAACGAAAUCUAGUGUUUAUUUAUCUAUCUAUCGCCUUUUGUCUUUUCGUAUUACGAGAUUCCCAUUACUUCUAAAUUUCAUUCAUUCUUUUUUUUUUCUUUCUUCCACACAGAUUCGUAACGAGUUCUUCAUUUUCAUAUAUCUCCGUUUCUGGGUUUUUUUUUUCCCUUUCAAGUUUCAAUUUUUUCUUCUGGGUUUUUAAUUUGGUGAUCAAACGUUUGCAUUAGACGAAUCAUGUCCGAUGGAUACAUCAAUUCGAAGAAGACUGAUGAUAUUUGCGAAGAUGUUUGUGGACAGGGAUCAAAAGCAGCAAAAACAAUCUCAAGGCUAAAAUGUGUGCUUAAAGGUUUUGAUUUAAGAACAUACUUGUUCCUCUUUGUGUUGAUGCCAUUUGGUAUCUUAGCAAUUUAUCUACACGGCCAAAAGUUCACUUAUUUCUUUAGACCUCUUUGGGAAUCACCUCCGAAGCCAUUUCAAACCAUUCCUCAUUACUAUAAUGAGAAUGUUACUAUGGAAUCUCUCUGUAGUCUUCAUGGUUGGGGAAUUAGAGACUCGCCCAGACGGGUUUUCGACGCGGUUUUGUUUAGUAAUGAGAAAGAUCUUUUAACUGUUAGAUGGAAUGAGCUUUAUCCUUACGUGACACAGUUUGUGAUUCUUGAAUCUAAUUCUACGUUUACUGGUUUGCCUAAACCAUUGGUGUUUAAGAGUAAUAAGGAUCAGUUUAAGUUUGUGGAGCCGCGGCUAACUUAUGGGACGAUUGGUGGACGGUUUAGGAAAGGCGAGAAUCCGUUUGUCGAAGAAGCGUAUCAGCGAGUUGCGUUGGAUCAGUUGCUUAGGAUUGCUGGUAUUCAAGAAGAUGAUUUGUUGAUAAUGUCUGAUGUUGAUGAGAUUCCUAGUGCUCAUACUAUCAAUCUUUUGAGAUGGUGUGAUGAUAUUCCUCCAGUUCUUCACCUUCAGUUGAAGAAUUAUUUGUAUUCUUUCGAAUACUAUGUCGAUAGCAAGAGCUGGAGAGCGUCUAUACACCGUUACAGUCCAGGGAAAACGCGGUAUGCUCAUUUCCGUCAGAGUAAUGUUAUGUUAGCUGAUUCUGGAUGGCAUUGUAGCUUCUGUUUCCGUUAUAUAAGUGAGUUUAUAUUCAAGAUGAAAGCUUAUAGUCAUUCAGACCGUGUCAGAUUCUCUCAUUACCUGAAUCCAAGGAGGAUUCAAGAUGUUAUUUGCAAAGGAACUGAUUUGUUUGAUAUGUUACCUGAAGAAUACACAUUCAAGGAGAUUAUAGGCAAAAUGGGACCUGUACCUCGGUCUUAUUCAGCGGUUCAUCUUCCUUCGUACCUACUGUAUAACGCCGAGCAGUACAAAUACUUGUUGCCUGGUAAUUGCAUAAGAGAAAAACAGACAGGGUUUAUAUGAUGAUUGCUUUUAAAGUGUUCUUGUAUAGUUCUAAGCUUCAGGGCCUUUGCAUCAUUCUUGAGAUAAAAAGAGCAAAAUUUUGCGCGAAAGAGAGGAUAUUGAAGAACGUAGCCAAGAAGCGUAUAUAACCCGAUUGCUGGAUAUUUUUGCGAUACAGGAGGGUUUGUGAGAACAAAAAGAGCUUACUAUGAGUUAGAGCAGCACAACAAUUCUCAGGUUUUUUUAACAAUGGGAAAAAAUGUUGUUGCCUAAGGCUGAUUUGGUAGUAUAGAUGUUUCAGUAUCCAUUUGUUUAUAUAACAAUUUUCUUCGCGGUUCGUUGUUCUGAGUUUAGUUCUGGUUAUACAGUUGCUUGAUUAUUCUUAUUCUGUUUCCAUUUAUCUAUUAAAGCCUUCUUUGCUCUGAUCAUUUUUGACUCAGUAUGACAUAAAACAUCAGUUUCUUGCUUCCAUGUCUUCUCUGCAAAAAGUAUUCUUCUUUCCAAGUUUAAGCUGUGUUGUUAUUGUAGUUGUCAGUUUCUGGAUUGGUAUGUGCUU